CACUCCCCACAACUCACCCAAUUCAGAUGCAUUAGUGAAACUGUUCGCAAUCUUGUGUUUUUAUUGGCCAGAGCUCUCCGUCCGCGUCUCAACCCUUCUGUGUCUAGAUGGCCACUUCUUUAAUGACUGUUGGAGCUGUCAACAGAGUGCCAUUAUGCCUACGCGGCACCAUCUCGGCGGACCAGCCGCUCACCACCGCAUUCUUCGGAAGCAGUCUGAAGAAAGUAAAGUCCAGCAUUGGCCAUGGGAAGGUUUCCAAGAGGGCUUUGAAGGUGGUGGCCGCCGAUCUCGACGAAUCGAAACAGACCGAGAAGGACAGGUGGCGAGGAUUGGCAUACGAUACGUCGGACGAUCAACAAGACAUCACUAGAGGGAAGGGAUCGGUUGAUUCUCUCUUCCAAGCUCCCAUGGACAGUGGGACCCACAUCCCCGUCAUGAGUUCCUAUGAAUAUAUUAGCCAAGGCCUGCGGCAGUACAACUUUGACAAUACAAUGAAUGGUUAUUACAUAGCUCCAGCCUUCAUGGAUAAGCUUGUGGUCCACAUCGCCAAGAACUUCAUGAAUUUGCCUAAUAUCAAGGUUCCUCUCAUUUUGGGUAUUUGGGGUGGCAAAGGCCAAGGCAAAUCCUUCCAGUGUGAGCUUGUGUUUGCCAAGAUGGGCAUCAAUCCUAUCGUGAUGAGCGCCGGAGAGCUGGAAAGCGGGAAUGCAGGAGAGCCUGCAAAGCUGAUCAGACAGCGCUACCGUGAGGCUGCUGACAUCAUCCAGAAGGGGAAGAUGUGCGUCCUCUUCAUCAAUGAUCUCGAUGCAGGAGCUGGACGAAUGGGUGGGACCACCCAGUACACCGUCAACAACCAAAUGGUCAACGCCACUCUCAUGAACAUUGCCGACAACCCAACAAAUGUGCAGCUCCCUGGAAUGUACAACAAGCAGGAGAAUGCGCGCGUGCCGAUCAUUGUCACAGGAAAUGACUUCUCUACCCUUUAUGCCCCACUCAUUCGCGAUGGGCGUAUGGAGAAGUUCUACUGGGCUCCGACCAGGGAGGACCGAAUUGGUGUUUGCACAGGGAUAUUCCGAACUGAUAAUGUUCCCAAGGAGGAUAUCAUCAAGCUUGUCGAUGCCUUCCCUGGCCAAUCAAUUGAUUUCUUUGGUGCCCUGAGAGCCAGGGUUUACGACGAUGAAGUGAGGAAGUGGAUUGCAGAGGUCGGGAUCGAAAAGGUCGGGAAGAAGCUUGUGAACUCGAUCGAAGGACCUCCAACAUUUGAACAGCCUAAGAUGACUAUAGAUAAGCUCAUGGAGUAUGGUAACAUGUUGGUGAGGGAGCAGGAGAAUGUGAAGAGGGUACAACUUGCUGACAAGUACUUAAGUGAGGCUGCACUUGGAGAAGCCAAUGAGGACGCUAUUAAAACUGGAUCAUUCUAUGGUUAACACCCCAUUAAAUACUAAAAUUCAUGGCAGGUGAAGCAGCUCAAUGAGUGAACAUGCUCUGAACUCGGCAGCGACAAACUUUGACCCAUUAGAUAAAAGUGACAAAGGAACUUGCCUGCAUACAUAGAACUACGGAUGUAAUGAUUCUUAUGAAUUAUGUAAAAAGAACUAGAGUAGAUGAUUUUUUAUGAACUAUGUACAAGUGUAAUUGGUUUUGAUGUUUAAAGCUUUUGAUUAUGUUAGUUGCUUCAUUGGAACCAAAU